CAGGAACACCAGGGUUGCAUUUCCGCUAGCUAGAUUCCGCUCGGGCUGUGCGCUACCGUCGCCAACCCGCGGUGGCGGUCCGCUCAUUUCCUUCUGCCACCGUAGCUGGACAUUGUGUUGCAUAACUCGUUUUAGCUGAUCCUUUGUCAGCUUCUGAUCGCCUCUGGACAAGGACGGUGAAUCGUCCAGCUUUGACCCUGAGAUUUAAUGUGCCUGAGAGCCUGACACACCUCUGACCUAUGGCAACCUCGGAUGCCACCACUUGUGCCUCGCUGAGUACCAUUGUGCCUGCAGGUUUCCACUAUGAAACCAAACAUGUCCUGCUGAACUACCUGGGAAUGCUGCCUGUUAAUAGAUCACAGCCACCAGCCACAGAACAAGUUAUCCAGAAUGAAAGAAACCGAAGGAUAAAAGUGGAGACGGACGAAGCUCUGAGGCAGCUGAAGGACGAAGUGUCUGCCUCUGCCUCCGGUUUGGGCUUUGACCACCUCCUGUCUCCAGUGUUCAGCCCAGUGGACCCAGAGAGCUCGGUGGAAGACUGCCUCGCUGCAGUUGGAGACAAAGUGGCCAUCGAGCUUGGCACACACCUGGCCACAGCUGCCCAAGCACUCCUCAGCGGACCUCUGGACUACCCACGUUUCAGAAGCACGACCCUGGAUCUGUCAUUGCACACACAAGGAGGCUGGAACAAGGUUCUGGUGCCUCUGGUGUUGCUCCAGGCUCUGCACAGGGAGGGUCAAUCUCUGGAAACACUGUUGGAAGUGGGGCUGCACUUCCUGGAGGAGGAGGAAGCUGAUUGCAUCAUCCAGCAAGGAGGAUGGGGUGGAAUAUUGGUCUUGGUGCCAGAGGAGCAGUGUGGUUCGACUGUAGCUGAAGACAGCAACGACAUUUGCAUCAUCCCGGAGGAGCAGCAUCCGGACCGGCCCAGUCCGCUGCUCUGCACAGCCGACAGCAGCGAGCAGAGCUCCUGGCAGACGGAAAGCCUUCCCGUGUCUCUGGCUGGUCACGAGUCCUGGGCACAGGUCGGUGCAAUGGACCCCGAGGAUGUCAAGAGUCUGGACAGCAACGAGGGCGUGGCGCUGGCCGAGGAGCGCAGUGAGAACAACUCCUCCAACUCGGACAUCGUCCACGUGGAACGCGAGGAAGCCGAGCUGCUGGAGGAGGGCGGUGAGGUUGGAGUCACAGAAGAAAGUAUGAUUAGCGUUUUAGGAACAGAGAGCGAGCUAGCUGAGCUGAGGGCGGAGUUUCAAGACCAGACUUCAGGUGUUCCAGUGCCGACUGGGCCAGACUGUACAGCCGCUGCAUUCUUGGUUUCACUGGAGCCGGCCGUGGUCCUGGAGACACCCGUCAGCUUGUCUGAAGAGCCCUCUCUCAUCUCCGCAGAACCAGAGCUACUUCCCCCUGUCCCAGAACCUGCUGAUUGUGAAUUUUCAGCACCGUUACUUGUUCCUGCAGUAGAACCAGAACCAGAACCUGUGCCUCCUGAGAUAGAAAUCCCUGCUCUAGCCAAGAAAAACGUAGCGGCACCAGCAGAAACUGAGGUCACAUCAGAGCCAACGUCCGAGCUACAGCAGGAAGUGGAGCCUGUCCUAGUGCCUCAUCACCCAGAACCGGAUACCACAGAGACUGCAACACCAGCGUCCGAGGUCCCGGCUGUGGAGAUAGCAGUGGCUUCUGCUGAAGUCCCCGCCGAGGAGGCCCUUGUGGCCCCUGUAAACGCCCCAGCGAUCUUCAUAGAUGCCCCUGUAGCUCCUAAGGAGGCCCCUCCUCAGGAGGAACCAGUGAAGCCAGCACCUGCAGCUGAGUUACAGAUGCUGUUUUAUGGAGGCUCUGCGCUGGUGCUACUCGCUGCCCUUCUAUACGGCAUCAUUUCACUAAAGAGGAGGUAGAGAAAUGAAAUGUCAAGAGGGAGAAUGCAAGGCAAGUGAUGAAAGUAAAUCAUUUAAGUUAGACCUUUAAAAUUAAGUUGAUCUAAUUUAGCAUCUUUGAAAGUCUGAAGUCCACUAAGUGCCCCUAAGCUGACCAAACCCUCCUCUGCAGCUGCUCUAGUCCUCCAGCUUCAAACGCCACACGUCUGAUCGGUUUUCUGUUGUCUUUGACUCCCAACCUCUUUUCUGUAGGAUUUUAGUUUUAGACUGAAAUCAGUUCUCGGUGGCUUCAGUUUGUUUAGUCCCACCGGUCAGUAACCCUGUGUGGAAAAAGUUGGUCUUGGAGAUGAAAGUUAAAGCAGGCAUCACUGUCAUUUAAAGCCUUCCCAUACAAGUUUUUAAUUCAGAUUUACCUUCUGAGGACAAAUUCUUAAAUCCAAUGUGGUAUUUUAUAUUCUGUGAAACUUCCGAGUUGCAGCAGGAAAACUGGGAUAAUCUCUUCAUGAACUUUAAACAUUACUGCAAAUGCAAAUGAGUUUUAUUUGUGUCACUUACACCAAUAAAGGAUUUUUGCCCUACCA